AGAGGACGUCCCAUUCCUACAUUGUUAACAUUGUGGGAAAGAAUCAUAUAAACCUGAAGCUCCCAGGAUAGUAAUAGGUUGCUAUUGUUAUCGCUAUCAGGCAGAGGAAGAACGUACCUAACAUUGUGAUUGAUUCACUGAGAGCAAGGUGCUACCUCAGAUGGAUGAAGCUGCAUGUCCUCGAUGCAAAACAACCAAGUACAGAAACCCGUCCCUCAAACUACUAGUGAAUGUUUGUGGUCAUGCUCUUUGUGAAAACUGUGUAGAGCUGUUAUUUGUGAAGGGCUCAGGAGCAUGUGCUGAAUGUGGUAUACCUCUCAGGAGGAUUGAUUUUAGGAUCCAAAUUUUUGAAGAUCCUUGUGUUGAGAAGGAAGUUGACAUUAGGCGAAAAGUUUUAAAAGAUUUUAAUAAGAGAGAGGAGGAAUUCUCAUCACUAAGAGAAUACAAUGAUUACCUGGAAGAGAUUGAGACAAUUAUAUUUAAUCUUGUAAAUAAUGUGGAAUUUGAAGCAACAAAACGAAAAAUUGAACAAUACAAAAAAGAAAACCGUACACAGAUAUCAAAGAACAGGGGCAAAAUUAGCAGAGAUGAGGAAGAGUUAGAGAUUCUGUUGGAACAGGAAAAGCAGGAGACAGAUAUUAGAAAACAACAGUUCCUAGAAGAAGAAAAGGAAAUUAAAAAAUCAAGGUUAAAACAAAAAGAAGCAUUGAUUGAUGACUUGAUGUUCUCUGAUCUACCAGCUGGACAGAUUUUAGCAAGUCAUGUCUCAACUGUAAAAGAAACUGAAAUCUCUAGAAAAGUUCCAACCAAACCUGCAGUGGUUCAGUUUUCAACUGGUAUUAAACUAGGUCAAAAGGAAACAUUUAUUCCAAUCCCAAAGGAACCUGAGGGUGAAUUAUAUGUAUAUAAAGAACUUGUAGUACCACUUUGUGGCCCAAAUGCUCCAGAUUAUGACAUGCUGGAAGCUAAUGGAUAUACUAAACAUGUAAGAACUUCCUCUGAAACAGAAAAAGCUGGUGGUUUUAUCUCAAAGCUUGCAUGUUAUAGGGCUUUACAAGAAGGAGUUUGUGGUCUAUACUUUAAUCCAGAGCAGUGAAAAAGUUUUUUUAUAGAUUUGACUAAUUUCUUCUGUAUAAGUUUCCUAACUGUCAGUAUUAUAAUGUAUUAAUCAUGCUAUUUGAAAAAACAGAACUAUCUGAAUUAAAGCAAUAAUUAUGUUUUA